AUUCUCUUGUUUUACCUCCGUCCUCUCGUGGUGGCGCUGGCGCGCUUUAAUUUUCGUUGCCGUAAACCUGAGUAGGCCUACUUGCUCAUUUUCCCCAGCAUUAAAAAUGGGGCGAAGUAGAAGCCGAUCACCCGUGAGACGAGAGAGACGUCGGUCGCUGUCAAGAGAAAGAGACCGAGACAGAAGAAAAGAAAGGCGUCGAAGUAGAUCACGAUCAAGAUCACCCAGGCGGAGAAGAAGGUCAAGAUCUCGCUCACCAAGAAGACGAAGAUCUCGCUCCAACAGCCCAAGAGGACACGGGAACCGAUCUCCAUCACCGGGUGACAAGUCAGGGUCCAGUAAGGAAGCUAAGAAUCUGCCCAGCAGACCUGUGAUUGAUGAGUCCCAACUUGAAGGCAAAACCGAAGAAGAGAUUGAGAUGAUGAAAGUAAUGGGCUUUGCAGGAUUUGACACAACAAAGGGUAAACAUGUACCAGGUUCAAAUAAUGCUUCUUUAGUAUCCCUCCAGCCCAAAAGAAAAUACAGGCAAUACAUGAACAGACGCGGUGGCUUCAACAGACCACUGGACUUCAUUGCGUGAGGCCCCUCGUCUGGUUCCUGCCUCACCAUCCUAAAUAUUCUCAGUGUCAUUGUCGGGGUAUUUGUGAUAUCUCUUCAUCAGCAAAAGCGGCUUAUCUCAGAAAGGAAUUCAACCCGAGAGAGUCACAGGAUGUACACCUAAAAUUCCUUGCUAACCCGAGAAAUAUGCUUACCAUUAGAACAAUACUUUAUGACACAGUAACUGAGGAUUGUUCGUUUACGUUGAGCAGAGAAAUUUGGUUAGGGGCUCCGUGCCCCAACAGGAGAGGUGCUUUUUUACCACUUUCGAGUGCCCUGUAAACAGGACGCACCACAUGUGUGUACUGGUUUGUGCAUGAAUAGCGCCAAGUACGCACGACAUGUUGUGAAUUGUACACAAACCAUUACCAUUGCCUCUUUAAGUGAACGUCAGGCAUCAUAAGCAGUGCAUUCGAAUGUCUCUCCCAGUGGUCUCCCCCAACUCUCCUUCCUUAAUGUUGAGGGGGUACUUGUGCACGGAGCCCAUGCAACAUGUAAUAUAUAUGACCUGUACUGAACACGUGUCCUGACUUUAGUUAUAAAAUCAAAUGAAGAACCAGUUUAUGCCUAACAAGUUUGUAAAAUUGUUUUGUUCGUUCAAUUUUAAAUGUAUUUACUUUUAAUUCAGUCAAUAGUAGCUUGAACUUAGACGAGUUUGUAAAACAAAGAUGUAGGCAGUUAUUUUUCACAUUGUACGCCAUACCAUAUCUUAGUAGUGUUCAUAUAAAGGCCAUAUUUUUUAGCAGUGGGGGGGGGGGGGACUGAAUUGGCGCCAAUUUCUAGGUAUAAACACUGUAAACAAAAUAUAUCUUUCAUUAAAGCAUUUACAUUAUUUUGUAACUCUUUACUCACUGUUCUAUGGUUGUAUUGAUUCUUCAGUAAAUCAACACAUUGUAAUACAAUGUAGUACAAGUGCUAAUGUGUUAAUAAUGGCUUAAGGAAUCAGUCUAUUGCCAGAUAUUGGGCGCCCAGUUGAAGUGCUCAGUGGAAAAAGUGAGCUUGAAAUUAGUUAAGGCAAACCAUUGCAUGCACACAAUAUUUUCGUAGUGAUGUUCAUUGUGAUAUUCAUUUUAGCAAUGUUUGUUAUGUAUUUGUUUGUUGUACUGUCGAGUUACAAGGUUUACCGAAAGUUAACUAGGAUGAAAUCUACAAAUGCUUCAAAAACAAAGACGUGUAUACGAGAAAUUAA